AUGUACAAAUCAGCUGAACAAGAAGUGGAAGAAAUGGAUAAGAGGGAUAACCUGCCUAAAUUGGACUCUGUUUUAAAGAUUCUGAUGGGAAAAGUAUGCCAGAUAUGCAAUGUUCCUAGAGUGAUAGUAAAUUCUAGACUUGUACAGGAGUUCAAAAUAUAGAUCUGGGCCCAGUUGUUGGAAGACAGAUUAGCGCUAACUUGGGGUUAAAUUUUAAUCCAGGUUUCUUUAUUUUUUUGUUCAAAAUCCUUUUUAAGGAAAAAUCUUCCUUAUUACUUUUAGGAAAUCCAAUGAUGAAAUUGCAAAGCAAAAAGAUUUGUACUGAACUUUCUCUUAAAGCUUUUAGACCUGGAAUCAAAUUUCACACUAACCCUGGGUUAUCUUAACCCAGCUUUGAACAACCCAGGCCUGGGGAUUAAAUCAAGCACUAGUGAAAGCCAAAACCCAAGCAGGCAAUAGAUUUAAAAGGUUCAUUUCCCAGUGGACUAGUAGUAAAUACUCAAUGUGGAGUUUUAAGAUUUAA